CCGAUGCCGUCGUCUUUCGGUUUACCCUCCCCCUGCCCAAGUUAAAAACAGCAAUUAGAGAGAGACAGGCAGCGGACAGAGGAGAGAGAGGGAGCUAAGGAAGUCCUCGGGCGGUCUCACCCUCUAGACUCUCGCCCGAGAAAGACCAAGAAGCGAUCAAAAAGAGACCGGCCGGGUAGCAGCUAAAAGGACUAGCUAUAGCCGCCGAGCUCCGAGAGCUAGCGUGUCCGCAGGGCAGGGUUGGAGAAGAGAGUUUUUACGACGCUAGCUAUAGCGUCCGAGGCCGGGGGAGGAGGGUGUGGAAAUACAAACAAGCAAGCGAGGGUGAGGGAAAUGGUGGGCUCGGGUGCGGCAGGGGGCGGAGGGGAUCACGCGCGGAGCAAAGAGGCCGCGGGGAUGAUGGCGCUGCACGAGGCGCUCCGCAACGUCUGCCUCAACUCGGACUGGACGUACUCCGUCUUCUGGACCAUCCGUCCUCGCCCGCGGUGCCGCGGUGGCAACGGGUGCAAGGUCGGCGACGACAACGGCAGCCUGAUGCUGAUGUGGGAGGACGGGUUCUGCCGGCCGCGGGUUGCGGAGUGCCUGGAGGACAUCGACGGCGAGGACCCGGUGAGGAAGGCCUUCAGCAAGAUGUCCAUCCAGCUCUACAACUACGGAGAAGGGCUGAUGGGAAAGGUGGCCUCUGAUAAAUGUCACAAAUGGGUCUUCAAGGAACCUUCUGAAUGCGAGCCCAACAUCUCCAACUACUGGCAGAGCUCUUUCGACGCCCUUCCUCCGGAAUGGACUGAUCAGUUCGCAUCAGGCAUCCAGACCAUAGCCGUGAUCCAAGCCGGGCAUGGCCUCCUGCAGCUGGGCUCUUGCAAGAUUAUACCGGAGGACCUGCACUUCGUGCUGCGGAUGCGACACAUGUUCGAGUCACUGGGCUACCAAUCGGGCUUCUUCCUCUCCCAGCUCUUCUCCUCCUCGCGGAGCGCCUCGCCGACACCGUCGUUCCCGCUCAAGCAGCAGCAGCAGCCGCUCUUCAACUGGCCGGGCCAGCCGCAGCUCCCGGCCGCCGCGUCACCGCUCUUCCCGACGGGCCCGGCCGCGUUCCACCCGUCCGCGCGGCCGAUGCCGCCGUACCCGGGCAAGGACGAGGGCCACCUGUUCCACCUCCCGCCGGCUCACCAUGCCAAGCCGCCGCACAUGGACGAGCACCAGCAGCAGCAGAUGGGGGCCGGUGGGGAGGCGCCCGACGGGGACCUCAAAUGGCCCAACGGGCUGUCGUUCUUCACCGCGCUCACCGGGCGCGCAGACGACGCGAAGCUGCUGUUCGGCGGAAACGGAGGUGGCGGCGCCGAUGACGGGAAGACGGCGCAAAACGGGCACGGCGGGGCCGAGAACGUGGAGGAGUACCUGGGCCUGGAGAGCCACUCGAACAAGGCGAGGAGGGUGGAGAACGCCCAGAGCACCAAGUUCAAGAGGAGCUUCACGUUGCCCGCUCGGAUGAGCUCGUCCACGUCAACAUCCCCGUCCGUGUCCGCCUCGACGGCGCCAGCGCCGCCGCAGCAGCAAGGGAUGGAGUACCGAGGGCCGCACGAGGGCGGAGUCUACUCGGACCUGAUGGAGACGUUCUUGGAGUAGUAGUCCGUAGCAUGCAUGAUCGAUCGGUGCAAUGUCAUUACGAGAAGUGUACGGGCUUCGUGUUUCUUCCUGUCCCCUCUUUUGUAUUUUUCCUCCCAAGCUAGAUUUAAGGUUUGGAGUUUGCAUCUGUUUAAUUAAAUCUUGUAUUUUUUUUCUCUUUCAUUGGUUCCUUCUAGUUCUAGUUGCAGUAGCUCUACCGUAGUGCAAAAACUUGAUGGAUUUCGCAUGCAUGCAUGCAAAGAUGGGCAUGAGUUUGCUUCCAUGAUGGCUGGCAAGUUAAUAUGCAUGGUGCAAUGCAAUGAUGGUGAGGUACAAUGAUUUGCAGCACCUAAUAA